AUGUUGUUCAUAUGGCUUCUCCGGUGGGGUGUUUCGUUUUUAUUUUUACUUCUUUCGGAACUAUUGUGGGAAGGAAGGUGGUGGGAAAGCGGUGUCGGCCUACCCGGAAAUCGCUGCGGAAGCAACGAUAACAACGAUGCCUAUAAGGAGGCCCAAGGAAACUUACUGAGCAGCUGCGCUCUUCCUUUGGUAUUGAUCCAAAGGGGGCCGCUAGCUGGAGCCGCGCCAGCUGUAACGAAGUCCGCACCUCUCGGUGCCUUGUGCCGCGUUUCGUCGUCGUCGUCAUGCAGACUGACGCAGUUGCGUGGUUCCCAUGGGUCGUUGCGACCUGGUAUUCUGUUCCGCGUUCGAUGUGGGAAGUGUCGCGAUGUCGGAUUUGUGAUGAAGCUCGGGAAUCCGUCGUUUGGAUCGAGCAGUGAUAUCAUUGGAAUAAACGCAGACAUGAGUGUGAGGAGCUCGAAAUCUACGAAAUCGUCUUCCCACUGGUGGAUGCAUGGAUCAAAGGUUCCGAAGGCACCAGGAACUCCGACGUUGCUGAUAACGUCGGGGAACGGCUCGAGCGGCGAAGGCGGCUCGUCGAACCCGUCGACUCCGCCGGUGGCUCGAAGCAUGACGCCGUCGCUGGUGGCGGCGGCUGGAGGGACGCCGUCGGUCAUGUCCUCGUCGUCCAAGAUGGAGUACAAGGCCCAGCGGAAGACGUAUCGAAAGGAGAAGAAGCGUCUAGCCGGGGAACUGACAUCGGCUCUAAGAGACCCGUCCAUCAUCAUCAUGCACGACUGGCUGAAAGUCAGGGGUACGCUCAAGGGCUGGACCAAGUUGUGGUGUGUGCUCAAACCCGGGCAUUUGCUUCUCUACAAAAGUCCGAAAACAAAGGUGGAGGAACCCUGCAACCGACAGGCCACUCUUAAUCGCAGCAGGUCCGGUAUUCGGCUCAGGACCCGGCCUAGAUUUGGAGGAGUAAAUGGGUUGGGGUUCAGGCGCAAAAGCAGCUUAUUGAGAGCCGUGAUGGGUUCUCCAGCUUCGAAGAAAUAA